GUUGGAAAUAACAACAAAGGUUUUUGUUUUAGUAUUAUUUAAAACAGCAAAUGUUUGACACAUGGAAAUACUAUGCAAAGGGCAAACCUUUUGGUGGUUUGCUACAUUUUCUUUUUCCUUUGACUAAUCCUUAUAGUGCCUACUUAUGUAGAGAUUAAAUGGUUGGUGUAAAACGCAAGCUGGCUUUUCUGGUUUAGCUAAGAAUCACAACACCAUAUUGAAAUAAGCAAAGGAUGAUACUAAUGAGAAGAAGGAUAGGCUGCUGUAGCAGGGACAAGAGGGAGAUGAGCAACGAUUUCGACGAACAAGAGAGUUCGAUGGCGUAUGGUGGCUUAGAAACUUGCAUCGUCAACAAUCAAUCUUUAGAAGAAGAAAGUGGAACAAGCCGAGGAGAUGAGUGCCCGACUGAUUCAUUCGAUGAUGAUGCAUUUUCAAGCUGUUCAUCUAGCAAAGAUGCGUCUGAGUCAUUUUCGUCCAAAUGGUUACCGAUGAAACACAGUUCUGAUGAUGAGAAACAUUUCUAUAGAGAGGAGAAACCUGGUUAUGCACUCUGCUAUUCUGAGGUUGAAGCCAUGAAGGAGAAGUUUUCAAAGCUAUUGCUCGGUGAAGAUGUCACAGGAGGAUGCAAGGGUGUGCAAACCGCUUUGGCUUUAUCAAACUCUAUAACACAACUUGCCACCACCAUUUUCGGCGAGCUCUGGAAGUUGGAACCUUUGUCUAAAGAUAAAAAGCAGAGAUGGAGAAGAGAAAUGGAUUGGUUACUCUCUCCAACUAACCACAUGAUUGAGCUAGUCCCAUCUAAGCAAGAUGGCGAAAACGGAACAUCACUUGAGAUAAUGACUCCGAAAGCCCGUGCAGACAUUCAUAUAAAUCUCCCAGCUCUCCGGAAAUUGGACUCCAUGCUAAUUGAGACACUGGACACUAUGGUAGACACAGAGUUUUGGUAUUCCGAAGUGGGUCGUAGGGUAGAAGGAAAGAGCAAGAUUACAAGAGAGAGCAAAAGAUGGUGGCUUCCAUCGGCUAAGGUUCCCAAACCGGGCCUCUCCAAUUCAGGAAGAAAGAAAUUGCUUGAGAUAGGCAAUGUUGUUUAUCAAAUCUUCAAAGCUGCAAAGUCAAUAAACGAGCAUGUGCUUCUUGAAAUUCCAGUACCUACCACUAUCAAGGAUGCAUUACCCAAGUCUGGAAAGACAAGCCUCGGGGAUGAACUGUUCAAGAUGUUGGUUUCAGAGUCUGUCUCGGUUGAUGAAAUCUUUGUGUCUCUUAGGCUUGUAACCGAACAUGCUGCUCUAGAGACAGUUAAUAGGGUAGAAGCAGCUAUCUAUGCAUGGAAAGAGAGGAUUACAGAACAAGGAAGAUGUGGUAAAUCCCCUGUGCGAGCAUCGUGGUCAUUAGUUAGAGAUUCAUCGUCUGAGAUUACUCGCAUUGAGUCGCUCAUAAACCGAGCAGAGAGGCUUAAUGAUCGGAUCAAAUCCAAAUACUCUAAUCUCCCUCAGUCAUUUCUUGAUGCCACAAAGAUUCAAUAUGGCAAGGAUAUUGGCCAUGCAGUUCUUGAAGCAUAUUCCCGGAUCCUUGCGAGCUUGGCGUUCCGCAUUUUGUCCAGGAUUCGAGAAAUCUUGCAAGAAGAUGCUCUGAGCAACCCAAGUUCUCCUGCAACAGCAAGCUGCUUCUCUGGCUCCAACAACCUCUUCAGAACCACGGAGAGGGUCCUGGCCUCGUCCCGGCUAAAGCAUUCUCUCAUUCACGACAUGAACAAAGCCGAUGAUGGGACAUGCAAUGGUAGCACAGAUCCUAAAGGCAGCAGUUUAAUGUAAGAGGGUUCCAUAGUUUAGAUGCGUGCCACCUGAAGCUUCUCCUUUGUUCAGAGGUUACCUCCUAUUUUGUAUGUGUAUUAAAACAUGAUACCAUUUUGAAAUCAUAUAUAGGUAUAUAACUAUGAAGUAGGCCAUUUUGUUCAUAGUCUAAAUCUUACCAUCAUGAUUAUAU